AAUUGAUGGAUUCUGAAUUCUGAGUUCUGAUUGGUCAGUAAUCUGACACCUCCGUCCUUCUGGGGAAAAACUGCAGUUCCACUACGAGAUCUCUUGGAAAACUUGUAUAGUUAAGUUAAACUAAAGUUAAACAGAGUUAGAAUGGAGUUGAGUCUGCAGAUUGAAAGUGUAAAUAAUAGAUUAGUGUGUUCAGUGUGUAUUUAGUGUGUGUUUAGUGUUUUAGUGAUCAGACAGUGAGAGAUCUGCAGCACAGUGAUGAAGACUCUGAUCUUCAUAUUUUCUCUUCAUCUUUCAUCAGCAGUCACACACUCGCUGCAGUAUUUCUACACUGCAGUUACACCUGGAACAAAUUUCCCAGAAUUCACUGCUGUGGGUCAGGUGGAUGGACAGCAGGUUGGCUGCUAUGACAGCGAAAGGAGAGAAAUCAUAAAGAUGGAGUGGACACAUAUUGAUGAUCUAGAUCACUGGAACAGGAUCAGACAGAUUAUGAGGGAACAUCAGGAGGUCUACAAAGCCAGUGUGGUUACACUAAUGCAGAUCUUUAAUCAGACUACAGAUCCUCCUACAAUGUCAGUGUUCCAGAAACACUCGCCUUCUCCAGAGGUGGUGUGUCACUAAAGCAGUGACGAUGUCCUGGAGGAAGGACAGAGAGGACGUGCAUGAGGACGUGGAGCUCAGAGAGACGUUACCC